AUGGCGCUGACUGGGUACAGCUGGCUGCUCCUCAGUGCCACAUUCCUGAAUGUGGGGGCUGAGAUCUCUAUCACCCUGGAGCCUGCCCAGCCGACUGAAGGGGACAACGUCACGCUGGUCGUCCAUGGGCUUUCGGGGGAACUGCUCGCCUACAACUGGUAUGCGGGGCCCACACUCAGCGUAUCGUACCUGGUGGCCAGCUACAUCGUGAGCACAGGCGAUGAAACUCCUGGCCCGGCCCACACGGGGCAGGAGGCUGUGCGCCCCGAUGGCAGCCUGGACAUCCAGGGCGUCCUGCCCCGGCACUCAGGCACCUACAUCCUGCAGACGUACAACAGGCAGUUUCAGACUGAGGUGGGCUACGGACACAUGCAGGUCUAUGAGAUCCUGGCCCAGCCCACAGUCUUGGCCAACAGCACGGCACUGGUGGAGCGUCGAGACACCCUGCGCCUUAUGUGCGGCAGCCCCAGCACCACAGCCGAGGUCCGCUGGUUCUUCAAUGGUGGGGCCCUGCCCAUCGCUCUCCGCCUGGGCCUGUCCCCCGACGGCCGGGUGCUGGCCAGGCAUGGCAUCCGCCGGGAGGAGGCCGGUGCCUAUCAAUGUGAGGUGUGGAACGCGGUCAGUGCCAGCCGCAGCGAGCCCAUCAACCUGACCGUGUACUUUGGCCCAGAACGUGUGGCCAUCCUCCAGGAUUCCACCACCCGCACAGGCUGCACCAUCAAAGUUGACUUCAACACGUCCCUCACCCUAUGGUGCGUGUCCAGGUCCUGCCCAGAGCCCGAGUAUGUGUGGGCCUUCAAUGGGCAGGCCCUAAAGAACGGUCAAGACCGCAUCAACAUCAGCAGUAUGACAGCUGCCCAGGAGGGGACGUACACAUGUAUUGCGAAGAACACCAAGACCCUGCUAUCUGGAUCUGCCUCAGUCGUGGUCAAGCUCUCUGCUGCAGCAGUUGCCAUGAUGAUCGUGCCCGUGCCCACCAAGCCAAUGGAGGGCCAGGACGUGACGCUGACCGUGCAGGGCUACCCCAAGGACCUGCUGGUCUACGCCUGGUACCGCGGGCCUGCCUCCGAGCCCAACCGGCUGCUCAGCCAGCUGCCAUCAGGAACCUGGAUUGCAGGCCCCGCGCACACAGGCCGGGAGGUGGGCUUCCCCAACUGCUCACUGUUGGUGCAAAAGCUGAACCUCACAGACACUGGCCGCUACACACUCAAGACCGUCACACUGCAGGGCAAGACCGAGACACUGGAAGUGGAGCUGCAGGUGGCCCCCCUGGGGUAGCAGCGUGACCCUGGAGACAUCCAGAGAGAAGAGCUCUUCGCACCAUCCUCUGGUCCUCGCCCUGAGUGGGAACUGCUCCCCCCACAGCAAGGAUGCCAGGCUGUGGUCCUG